AUGACCAACUUCCCGCCGUGCCUCACCUUGCUUCCGCGGGUGCCCACGCUGCUUCCCCCGGCUCAUCACCUCGCUUCCCCCCGUUCCCGACCUUCUUUCCCCCUGGUCCGCACCUUCCUUCCCCCCAUUCUCCACCUUCCUUCGCCCCAUUCCCCACCUCGCUUCCCCCCAUUCCCCACCUCGCUUCCCCCCAUUCCCCUCCUUGUUUCCCCCUGGUCCGCACCAUCCGCCCCCCUGUUCCCCACCUUCCUUCCCCCCAUUCCUCACCAUCCUUCCCCCUCUUCCCCACCAUCCUUCCCCCACUUCCCCACCUUCCUUCCCCCCAUUCCCCACCUUGUUUCCCCCUGGUCCGCACCAUCCUCCCCCUUGUUCCCCACCUUCCUUCUCCCCAUUCCUCACCAUCCUUCCCCCUCUUCCCCACCAUCCUUCCCUCAUUUCCCCACCUUCCUCCCCCCCAUUCCUCACCUUCCUUUCCCCCAUUCCCGACCUUCCUUCGCCCCAUUCCCCACCUCGCUUCCCCCCAUUCCCCACCUCGCUUCCCCCCAUUCCCCACCUCGCUUCCCCCCAUUCCCCACCUCGCUUCCCCCCAUUCCCCACCUCGCUUCCCCCCAUUCCCCACCUCGCUUCCCCCCAUUCCCCACCUUGUUUCCCCCUGGUCCGCACCAUCCUCCCCCCUGUUCCCCACCUUCCUUCCCCCCAUUCCUCACCAUCCUUCCCCCUCUUCCCCACCAUCCUUCCCCCACUUCCCCACCUUCCUUCCCGCCAUUCCUCACCUUCCUUCCCCCCGUUCCCAACCUGGAUUCCCCCCAUUCUCCACCUUCCUUCCCCCCAUUCCCCACCUCGCUUCCCCCCAUUCCCCACCUCGCUUCCCCCCAUUCCCCACCUUGUUUCCCCCUGGUCCGCACCAUCCUCCCCCCUGUUCCCCACCUUCCUUCUCCCCAUUCCUCACCAUCCUUCCCCCUCUUCCUCACCAUCCUUCCCUCAUUUCCCCACCUUCCUCCCCCCAAUUCCUCACCUUCCUUUCCCCCAUUCCCGACCUUCCUUCGCCCCAUUCCCCACCUCGCUUCCCCCCAUUCCCCACCUCGCUUCCCCCCAUUCCCCACCUCGCUUCCCCCCAUUCCCCACCUCGCUUCCCCCCAUUCCCCACCUUGUUUCCCCCUGGUCCGCACCAUCCUCCCCCUUGUUCCCCACCUUUCUUCUCCCCAUUCCUCACCAUCCUUCCCCCUCUUCCCCACCAUCCUUCCUUCAUUUCCCCACCUUCCUCCCCCCCAUUCCUCACCUUCCUUCCCCCCAUUCCCGACCUUCCUUCGCCCCAUUCCCCACCUCGCUUCCCCCCAUUCCCCACCUCGCUUCCCCCCAUUCCCCACCUUGUUUCCCCCUGGUCCGCACCAUCCUCCCCCCUGUUCCCCACCUUCCUUCCCCCCAUUCCUCACCAGCCUUCCCCCUCUUCCCCACCAUCCUUCCCCCACUUCCCCACCUUCCUUCCCGCCAUUCCUCACCUUCCUUCCCCCCGUUCCCAACCUGGAUUCCCCCCAUUCUCCACCUUCCUUCCCCCCAUUCCCCACCUCGCUUCCCCCCAUUCCCCACCUCGCUUCCCCCCAUUCCCCACCUCGCUUCCCCCCAUUCCCCACCUCGCUUCCCCCCAUUCCCCACCUUGUUUCACCCUGGUCCGCACCAUCCUCCCCCCUGUUCCCCACCUUCCUUCCCCCCAUUCCUCACCAUCCUUCCCCCUCUUCCCCACCAUCCUUCCCCCACUUCCCCACCUUCCUUCCCGCCAUUCCUCACCUUCCUUCCCCCCGUUCCCAACCUGGAUUCCCCCCAUUCCCCACCUUCCUUCCCCCCAUUCCUCACCAUCCUUCCCCCUCUUCCCCACCAUCCUUCCCCCACUUCCCCACCUUCCUUCCCGCCAUUCCUCACCUUCCUUCCCCCCGUUCCCAACCUGGAUUCCCCCCAUUCUCCACCUUCCUUCCCCCCAUUCCCCACCUCGCUUCCCCCCAUUCCCCACCUCGCUUCCCCCCAUUCCCCACCUUGUUUCCCCCUGGUCCGCACCAUCCUCCCCCCUGUUCCCCACCUUCCUUCUCCCCAUUCCUCACCAUCCUUCCCCCUCUUCCUCACCAUCCUUCCCUCAUUUCCCCACCUUCCUCCCCCCAAUUCCUCACCUUCCUUUCCCCCAUUCCCGACCUUCCUUCGCCCCAUUCCCCACCUCGCUUCCCCCCAUUCCCCACCUCGCUUCCCCCCAUUCCCCACCUCGCUUCCCCCCAUUCCCCACCUCGCUUCCCCCCAUUCCCCACCUCGCUUCCCCCCAUUCCCCACCUUGUUUCCCCCUGGUCCGCACCAUCCUCCCCCUUGUUCCCCACCUUUCUUCUCCCCAUUCCUCACCAUCCUUCCCCCUCUUCCCCACCAUCCUUCCUUCAUUUCCCCACCUUCCUCCCCCCCAUUCCUCACCUUCCUUCCCCCCAUUCCCGACCUUCCUUCGCCCCAUUCCCCACCUCGCUUCCCCCCAUUCCCCACCUCGCUUCCCCCCAUUCCCCACCUUGUUUCCCCCUGGUCCGCACCAUCCUCCCCCCUGUUCCCCACCUUCCUUCCCCCCAUUCCUCACCAUCCUUCCCCCUCUUCCCCACCAUCCUUCCCCCACUUCCCCACCUUCCUUCCCGCCAUUCCUCACCUUCCUUCCCCCCGUUCCCAACCUGGAUUCUCCCCAUUCUCCACCUUCCUUCCCCCCAUUCCCCACCUCGCUUCCCCCCAUUCCCCACCUCGCUUCCCCCCAGAGUGGGAGAGGUCUCCGGGCCGGAGGGAUGA